UUUACAGAAACAGGCUGUGAGAACCUGUCCCCCACAGCUGCCUUCCAAGCCAUUUCUGAAAAAAUCUCUAACAUUUUCCUACCUAGCAUUCCCUUUUUAUAGGGACUUGAAUUAAUUUCUCAUUUCCUUUUUUCCACAUCUGGUUUUGUAAUAGUUUUGUUACCUUUUUCUGGCACAGGGAAGCUGGCAGAGACCAGGACAAGAGAGUUGUGCCCUCUUUGGAUUCAUGUUUUGCACUUACAUCUGUUCUCUCCUCACAGAACAAGCCCUGUUGUCAGUGUUAAAUUUUUUGCACUUUUGCACUGUACAGAUGCAGUGUCGUGUUUAUAAAGCAGUGAUAAAGGUGUUGGUUAGUGCAGAGAACAGGCUCUAGUGAAUAAUCUACAAAAGGAUGGAGGAUAAUGUGCUUUUUCAGAAGUCACACCAUUGACAUGUAGGUUCUUCUCCAUCAGGAACUUGUAGGAAGAUUUUUUGAUCUGGAGGAAUCCCUAGAGACGUUCUGGUGUGGCUGCCAGAAAAACACUGCAGAAAUUCUUCCCUCUUGCAGUGUUUGGUCUGAUUUGACUGAAGUUUGAUCACUAACACUCAGAUCUUUGGCUGCAGCUUCCACAAAUGGAGAAGAAGGUUCUCUCUUUCAUUCUUACUGCUCCUGCUUUGUACCAUUUGCUGAUCCAGGUUUGCUUGAAGGGCACAGCUGGGCUAUGCAUUUGGCAUCUCAGUGAACAGAUCCUUCUGAAGAACCAGCUUGUGAAACAGCUGAGGUCCCUGGAGAGAAAACAUGCUCUGCUGAAUGUGAAUGAAGUGUGGAAGAAUGAACUGUUGGAAGUGCCCACUCUGUCUGUAAAUCCUCUGAGUGACUCUUCCCAGACCACCUUACCCUUCCUUCCUGCUACUCCUCCAGGAUCCUGCUCCUCACCCACCCCCAAGGUGAGGGUGGCAGAGCUGGUGGUGGAGAGAAUGCAGCAGUUCAAGAGGGUGGCACCCGAGCAGCUGAAGCUCAGCUCGGAUGGGAGCGUGCCAAAGGCUGCAGCCAGCUGGGAUUUCCCUGCCAGGAGCCAGGAGCAGGAGCCUCCUGAGGAUGAUACCCAGCAGCUCCCAUCCCUGGAACAGGACAGUGCCCUGGCUUUGGCUCUCCAGCAGGAAUGCAAGGAGGGAGCCCUGGCAAGCCUGGAGGAUGCAGGUUUGUUCUUCUGUCAGAUCUGCCAGAAGGAUCUCACAGCCAUGAACAGCCUGCGGCGAGAGCAGCACGUCAACAGGUGUCUGGAUGAGAUGGAAGAAGCCCAGGUGUCAUCCUGCAGCAAACCAGUGGUCCCUGAGUGUCCCAUCUGUGGGAAGCAGUUCCAAACCCCCCAGAGCAGAGUCAGCCACCUGAAACGCUGUGCUGUGGAGAUGGAGGUGCCUCCUAACCUGCUGCUCCAGGCUGUGCAGCUGCAGGUGGCCACUCUUGGUGAUGCAGCUCUUCAGUGUCCCAGCAAUCAGCCCAGCAGGGCAAAGAGGAAAGGCCCCUCCAACGAGGACCUGAGGAAAACACAGAAGAGGGCCAAAAUGGAGCCUAAGGAUGAAGAUCUGCAGGUUGCCAUGGCAAUGUCACGCUCUCUGUUGGAGCAAGAAAAGCAGGAACAAGCAAAAUCAGUUACAAAUGUGAAAGCAGUGGCUGCUUUCCCAAUCAAAUGGAAGCCAGGAUCAGAGAAAAAGAGGCGUAGGAAAGGCACCAGUGCCCCUCCACCUCUGCUGCUCCAGGACCCAGAGAAGGUCCACAAGAGGAUCCAGGAGAGAGUAGCCAUGAUGCUGACAGAAGAGGUGGAGUUCCCUCCCACCCCUCAGCUGCCCAUCAGUAGGAUUCUGGAGGAUGACUCUGGAGCAGCAGCCUGGCUCAUGCCAUUGUGCAAAGCCAAGAAAUGCUUUUUGUGGAACAUCAGUGCUCUGACAGGCCCCUGUGACCCUGAAUCAUUCUACACUGCAGCCUUGAGCCCUCCAAUUGAACCCUGGAAGCCUGUGCAGAAUAAGCCAGAGAACCUUCAGCCAUCAGUGGGAUCUCAUCAGCCACAAAUAUCCCAGCAAACUCAGCCUGACCUCAGUUCUCAGGAAACCACUUGCACAAAGGUUGGAGGCCAAACUUCUGAUGGAUCCAAGCCAGUUCCUGAAGGAGAUGGGCAGCUUUUGUCCCCAAGCCAGGACAUUCAGACCCUGCAGGACCUGGUGGACUUGGCCAGGGAAGGACUCACCCUUACCCAGUGGAACCUUGACAGUGGCCGGGGUCAGGCAGCAGAGCAGCCAGGAGAAGAACUGACUUCCAGUGAUCCCCCACUUAGUGGCUUUGUGCCCCCAUCCAAGAAGAAGAGUCUCCUCAGGAGCAGCACUAAAAAAUCCUCUCUGGGGCUGCUGGCUCAAGAUUUUGGUGCCAUGGUCAACAACCCCCACCUGAGUGAUGUGCAGUUCCAGGUGGACAGCGGCGAGGUUCUCUACGCUCACCUGUUCGUGCUGUACGCGCGGUGCCCGGCGGCGGCCCAGGCUGUGCACAGCGAGGGGCUGCUGGUGGAGGAGGAGUUUGGUGUGAGGGAACUGAUGGCAGAGUGUGAAAGCAGCACUGGAGAGAGCCAGGUGUCCUCUGGAGGGGAUUCAGAAGAUGAUCUUAUCUCUGUGAGGGAUGAUGAAGAUUGUGAGGACAGAGCUGAGAACUUCCAAGACCUCUUGAAGUCAGUGUGGGUGGGUGAAGAUGAGGAAGAAGCAGCUAUGCUGAGCCCUGAGUGCCAGAAGGAAGAUGACAGUGAGGUGGGAGAGCAAGAGCUGGAGGAAAUCUAUGAGUUUGCUGCAACUCAGAGGAAGAUGGCUCAGGGUGAAAGAGAGGUGAGCGAGGGAACAGACUGCAGCAUGUGCAGUGACACUGAGGCAGUCCAGGGUACAAACCAGCAAACUGGGCAGGAAGAGGUAAAGAGACCUGAAUCUGCCUCAGUAAGCAACAGCCUCGAAGAUCUGAGGGAUGGCAACGGUGAGGAAAGAUCUAAAUGUGACUUGUCUGUCCAAGAAAAGAUGCAGAAUGUAAAUAGGUGCAAGAGCAUGAAUGAUCCACAGACCUCUAUUGUGCCUCACCACAGUGAACCUCAGAAAUGGGAUGGAACCUCCCAUGGUGCUAAUGAAGGAGUGGCUGUUGAGGGAUGUGAGGAUGUGAAGGAUUCCAGGUCACCUCAGGUCUCACAUGACAAGGCAGAUCACUGUGAAGAGCACUUUCCUGCUUUCCAGGGUGACACUGAUAUCAAUGACAGCUAUGAACAUUUGUUUUCUGCCUCUCAGGGGUAUCACUGUGAACCUUCCCCGGUGAAAGAAGUUACCAAAGAAUCAGGAAAGUCCCCUAGUGAAAAACAUGUUGGUCUUAAUGAUUCACUUGUGUUCAGCAAGUCACAAAAAGACUUCUCUCCAUGUAAGAAUGGAUUUUGUAGGAGUCCAACUCCCCAGCCUUGUGUGUCCCUUUUUCCUGCUCUUGGCUCUUCACCUGCAUCUCCAAAAUCAGAGAGAAAGUUUGCCAGGGAACAUGUGUCAACACCAAAGCAAAACAAAAAGGAAAAAUCAUUCCCAUCUGAUGAAAUACACUCCCAGAAAGCCAAGGAGCUGGGUGCUGCAUCCAAAAAUGAGAUCACAGUUUCUCCAGCAGAGCUUCCUCACAGUGAAUCCAACAAGCACACGCAUGUCCCAGUGUUGUCAUCACCAGGCAGGACUCAGGGGGCUGCAGCUCACAGAAUCAAGAAGGGUUAUGUUAUUGUUUUAUCUUCUUCUGAUGAUGAUGAAAUGGAGUUAGAACAAGGCAAGAAGUUGCCAGAGUCUGACUCUGCUCUGAAGGAAAUGGAAGUCCCUGGGCACCUGAAGUGUACAGACAUGGAACAAGGUCCUGAGAUACCAAAACCUGCCCAUAACUCAUCCGUCCCCGAAACAGAGCAGAGAUCAGCCCAGGUCUCAUGUGGCAAUACAGACACAGUGUGUGUAAUUGGUGAUGUAAAGGUGUGCCCUGAAUUUCCUCUCAGCAGACAAACAGGUGCUUGUACAGAGAUCAAACAGAGUCCAAACUUGAGCCCUGGGAAGAGGCUCAGUAAUGAAAUGUCUCCAGGCACAGACAGCUCCUGGCUUGUGCCAGGAACACCAGUUCUGAGCAAAAGCAGAAGCUUCUCAACACAGACUCUGGUCACAAGUAUUAAUUCUUUAAAGGGUUCAGGAUCUAAACUCAGCACAAGGAACUUUGCAGCAGGUUAUAAUGACCAUGAAGUGGCUGGAAAUUUAAUAAAAGUUCAUGAAACAACAUUGUCAGACAAACAUUUGCCUGUGGAGGACUUGGCCAAUGGAAGAAGCCCACCCAGCAGCCCAGCAGCAGAAUCCUCUUCCAAGAACCCCCUUCCAGUUUCUCCAGCAGCUCCAGUUCUCCUCUCCCCUGGCCACACCAGCAGGGAAGGCAAAUGUGCCAACAUCUCAGGUUUACCCACACUGGUGCCUCCGUGCCAGGAGCAGCCACUGGAAGAUAAAAUCAACGUCAGUGUGGUUGAGCUGGAGGACAGUGACAGGGAAGUCAGCCUGCCUUCCCUGGGCAGCAGUGUCCUGCUGUGUGAGGAGCCCCCAAUCCCUGUGGAUGACUGCUGGCACCUUGGGUAUGUGUCCCCAGCCAGAGGUGACAGCCACAGCUCUGGCCAGGUCAGCCCUGCAAAGAGCAGCACGGGCAGCAGCCCCAGGCCUGGCUCCUGGCAGGAGCAGGGGGAGAGCCCAGUGCAGGUGCAGGGAAUCCAGGGCAGCACCCCUGUCCAAGGAGGUCCUGCUGGCAGGAGAAGAACCUUGCAGUGCCCUGAGAAGAGCCCUAUUGAGCCAUGCUCCUCAGUGGGCAGCAGAGCCAGUUACCUGGACUCCAAAAUCUGGGAUGACUGGAAUGGAGAAGAGAAGGAAGAUGAACUUCCAGAGAUUCUUCCUCUGUCUCAGAGGUUGGCAGCUGCAGCAGGGGCUGGUCAGACAGAUCCUGUCAAGACUCCUGAACCUUCCUGUCAGGAGAACAACAGGUCCCCCAGCACUCCAGUGACACCCAUGCCAGCUUAUUCCAUCAUGGAGACCCCGCAGCUGAAGAAGGAGCUGAGCAGAUUCGGGGUCCGUGCUCUCCCAAAGCGCCAGAUGGUGUUGAAGCUGAAGGAGAUAUUCCAGUACACUCACCAGGAUGGCGACUCUGACUUUGAGGAUGAGAUCUCCUAUUCCCAGCCCCUGCCCCAGAAGUCCCCAAGGCAGCCCAAGGCAGGCAGGGCUGGGGGCAGGAACCGUGCCGGUGCCCUGAGGGCUGGGGGCAAGAGAAAGCAGCUUGCCAAGGGUGAUGGUGCCCAUGCAACAGGCUGUGCCCCACCCAAGGACAGAACCAAAGUGACACAUCACCCAGAAGGAGCCAAAGAGCAGGAAGGGCCAUCUGAGUCCCUGGCAGCUGAUGGUGAGGAGCUCCCAGCAUCCCAGGAGUCGGCACGUUCUUCGCUGGAUGGGAGUGACAUCUCCUUUGGUUCACAGAGCGCCUUUGUGAAUGGAUUUGAAACCUGUGCUUUUACAUCUGAGGAGGAGGAAGAGGAGUUUCCAGCAUCUCAAGCAGCAGCUCGGGAGGAGGAGAAGCUGGAGGCAGUCAGGUGCUACAUCCGCUCAAACACGGCCCUGUACAACAGGAUUCUGUUCUACGAGCCCAUCGAGCUGGCUGAUCUGCACGCAGAGCUCAAACAGAAUGGCAUUAAAAUCUCCAAGGCAAAGCUGCUGGACUUCCUGGAUUCUCAGUGCAUCACAACCACCAUGGCCAGAGCCCGGAAAGAGCAGGUGCAGAAAAGGAAGGAGAGCAGGAAACAGAGGAGGAGAUACCGAGUGAAGCCCAGCCCGACCUGCUGAACCUCCUGCCCGUGGAUUGCUGCCCAGCUGGAAAGCCCCGUUCAUUCCCAGCUGGUGGAGCACUGCUGCUCCUGGUGGCCUGAUCCCAGGUGACAUCCUGGAGAACUCCCAUUGCCAGCCCUCUGCUCUGAUUGCACAAAUGCCCCAUGGCUGCCCUGCCUUCAGCACACAGCUCACCUGCAACCUCUUUUCACUCAGUUUGGCUCUUGUGCCUUUUCUUUCUGUUUUUCCAAUAGAUCUUAGGUCCCCAACUUCUCUUUGUGCUGGUGCUUCCCUCAGUGCCAGGACCUGUUCCCUGGAUUUGGGCUGAGAAAUUCUUCGCCUUUCACAUUCCAGGAUUCAGUCCACUCUAUCAAGUGCUGCCUGUUUACACUCCUGUGACUUCCAUCUUCACUUCUUCAGCACAGUUUGCACUGCUGAUUUUUAAGGCACGGAAUGCUGUGGAAAUACAUAAAAGGCUUUUCUUCUUGCUUCACUUGGCCAUCUCUACUAAAACUCCUAAAUCUGUGUUUCUGAAAUGGCUGCAGAACAGGGCAGGGGUUUGUUCUGUUCCCUUGGUGACACCUCCCAAAAGUGCCCCUGAUACCUCAUGUCAUGGGAGAGCCCCCAGCAGGGAUGUCUUUAAGGAAAUAUGUAAGCAGUUUUGAGCACUGGAACUCUUCAGCACUUCUCACAGCUUGAGCUAAAUCCACUGCCUGGAUUAGUCCCAUUACCAAACUGGACUGGUCCCAGUUGUAAAGUGUCUGGGACUCCUGGAGAAGUCUUGGACCCUAAAUUGUUGUAUUUUAUAUAUUGAAUAUUUACCUUCAAAACAACAACUGACUUCUGUCUGUUCUGGCAGUUCUGAGUGUGCAAAGGCUCACUGAAAAAUAGGGACAGAACACAAAAAGAGGGCAGAUUUCUAGAUAUCUUUGUGUAUGUUGGACAUAAUUUUUUUAUACAGAAUUUGAUUUUGAUUUAUAUUAUAUACAAUAAACAAUUUAAAUCCUGUCCAUUCUCAUAUGGAACAGUAAGCAAACACAG